AUGGCUCCUCAGAUUCUCACCUCGAUUUACCCGCCUCUGCCCAAGGCAAGCUACUCGAACAUCUUUGACUAUGUCAGCUCAGAGUCCGAGUCUUGGCUUGCCGACAAGGUCCAAUUCGUUCGCCAGGAUGGAAAAGAAUACACUCACGGCCAAGUCGUCCGCGAAGCCCGCCGUCUGGCCUGGACUCUUCGACACAAGCUUGGCCUUCAGCCUCGUCAGCGUGUCGGAGUGAUCUCGCCCAACCACACCAUGUACCCCAUCUUUGUCUUUGCUGCCGAAGUUGCCGGUCUUGUUACUGCACCCGUCAACCCUGCUUUGACCGUCGGUGAACUGGCCAAGUCUCUUCAGCAGGCAUCUGUCGACAUUGUUCUCGCCCAUCCUUCUUGCCAGGAGAACGCUCGUGGUGCUUGGGAGCAGGCUAAAGCUGGAAUGGGACGACCCACUUCCGCUCCUAACGCCCCUAGCGAGGGCUUGUUCAUGUUCGACGAUGCCGACAACCUCGUCACUGGUGCUCAGGGUGAGCCUGAUCUCCGAGCCGAAAUCACCGAUAACCAACUCGAAUCUUACCGUGUCGAGAACCCCGCCACCGAAACCGCCUUUAUUAUGUUCUCCUCCGGCACUUCGGGUUCCGCAAAGGGUGUCGAGAUUACACACUCCAACGUGAUCCACUCUGUCAUGGCUCUCGUUGCCACUCACGACGAUUAUUUCGGACAAAAGGAUGUUCAGGUUGGAUUCUUGCCCUUCUACCACAUCUUCGGUCUCAUCAAGCUCAUGCACCACCCCUUCUACUUGGGUAUGAAGAUUGUCAUCCUGCCCAAGUUCACUCUCGAUCUGUUCUGCGAGAAGAUCCAGGAGCACAAAGCAACAGCAUCGUUGGCUGUUCCUCCUGUGUUGUUACAGUUGGCAAAGAGUCCUGUUCCCGAACAGUACGACAUGUCGAGUUUGAAGUGCGUCCAGUGCGGUGCAGCUCCUCUUUCCGCUGAACUUUUCCAACUUCUUGAAAAGCGUUAUCCGGGUAUGGCCGUUCUCAAUGGAUACGGCUUGACCGAGUCUUUGCCCUCGGUCAUCUGCUCUGGUCCUAAAGAGUUGCCCAACUCUAAGGGUGCUGCUGGACGUAUCGCACCUGGUGUCCAAGUCCGUCUCGUCUCCGAAGAAGGUCACGAUGUUGGUCAGGAGCAGGGUCGUGAAGGAGUCCCCGGUGAAGUCUGGCUUCGAGGCCCCACAAUCAUGAAGGGAUACCUCGACAGCGCAGAAGCCACCCGCGACGCUUUCACUGAAGAUGGCUGGUUCAAGACGGGUGAUGUUGCUAUCAUGCGCAACACCGAGAUCUUUAUCGUGGAUAGGAUCAAGGAUUUGAUCAAAUUCAAAGGUUUCCAAGUUUCUCCUGCCGAACUCGAGGCUGUUAUCACUUCUCACCCCGACGUUGCAGAUGUAGCCGUUUUCGGUGUUUGGUGUCCAGCUCAGAUGACCGAGGUCCCCCGCGCCUGCGUCGUACCUAGGGACUUGAGUCUGUUGAACAAGCCAGAGGAGUGUAUGGAAUUGGAAAAGAGGGUCAGGGGACAUAUGGAGAAGCUUGUUGCUGCGCAUAAGAAGAUUCGAGGUGGAAUGGUUUGGGUUGCCAGCAUCCCCAAGUCUCCGAGUGGAAAGAUCUUGAGGAGGUUGUUGAGAGACGAGGCUGCAAGGCAGGCGGUGAAGGCUGAUGAGAAGAACAGGCUCACGAGUACACUCGUCACGAGCUUGUCGGCGGUUAAUACUCAGAACAACGGAAACAGCAAGGAGGAGGAGGACCCGAGGGAUAACAUCUUCAGCCCGAUUUCGCCUGUUGCUGCUGCAUAA